GCCUGGCGGAUUCUCGCGCGCCAAAGGCGCGCUGCAAGAUGGCUGCGGGGAAGCGGGAGGCCUUUGAGGCGGGCGGUGGGCGCGGUGAGGCCAUGCGGGAAGCGUAGGGUCGCGGCAAGGCUCCGCCAAGCGCUUCGCCUCGCGUGGCGCUCUGUAUGGAGUGCGGCAGCAGCAGCAGCCAGCUGGACCCCGGCUUCUCGCAGCAGGACACGCCCGCCUGAUCGUGGAGGAUUCGCAGCCCGAGGGCGCGGGCUGCGGAGGACGCGGAGCAGGCUGCCUCGGCGUGCUGGCCCGUCUGCUUGCCGGCCGCCGGAGCCCGAGCCCCGUGCUGGAGCUGGUGUGCGGUCUCACCGGCGGCCGGGGCACCGCGGGUGGCCGGGUGGCCCCGGAGAGACCCAAAGAGCCGAUGGAGAAUCCUGCUCGCCCCGAGGACCGCGUCGCUGAGGAGGUGCCAGCGCCCCGCCGGAGACCGCAGUGCCCUCGGAAAUGUUGGAGGAGGAGGUGAACGUGGUGUUGACUCUGCUGUUGAGCCCUUUGGAGGAGAUUCGGGCAUGUCACAGCUGCCUUUUGGGAGCUCUAGAGCUCUCCAAAGCCAGGACUUGGAAAUGACUUCAUUCCCAAUGAAGAAGAUGCCACUCAUCAGCUUCAUGGCUGGAGCUGCUGGUUCCUCCCUCCAGGCUUGUGAAGAAUGAUAGUAAAGAUGAACUGCAUGAGGACAGCACGGAAAGUGUCUCUAGCACAGAAGCACAAACUGCUUUGGAGACCAACCAGAGAAAAUCUGAAAGAACUCUGCAGGAAUCAGAGGAGGACACCAGGAAACAAAUACCUGUUUGUGACCACACUAAAAAUGAGAAAUCCCUUGAUUAUGAUCACAAGGAGUCAGAUAUUUUAUCAACUCAGGAAGAGAUGUUUCCUGAGAAAUGAUACACCAGGGAGUGGCUGUCCAACAGCCAGAGUGGAAAAGGGAGAUUGUUUGGUGUGCACCCCUGCACGUGGCCUGCAGCUCUUGCAGCUCUCUGGACAGGGAUCUUUUGCACAGGAGGGUCAUUCCAUUGUCUCUUCAGGCCUAGUUAUUCCCUCUCCAUUUGCCUUUGGAUCCACUGUUCUUGUCCCCAGCAGUCCUACUGAACAGGAGCAAGCAAAAGGUGAACAGAUAUCUGUUGCCACAGAAGACAGAGAGCUGAUGGAGAAGCAGAGAGGAGAUACACCACUGGAGAUGGUUUUCUCAUGUAUCCCACCAGGACGUCUUGUCCUGCCGCAAGCUUCAACUCCAGUGUCCCAGAGUGCACCAGAUUUCUCUCCUGGAUCUUUACCUAUACCAUCACAACCAGAGUUCUCUCAUGAUAUCUUUAUUCCAACUCAGAGCCCAGAGAGGAAGCAUGAAGGAGAAGAAAAAGCUGCUGCUUUAACACAUUUAAGCUUACGUGGAGAUGUCUCUGGGCCCACAAAUGCUUUGUCAAAGAUUUCAACAAGUGAUUCUGAGUCCUGUAAGCUGAUGCUUUCUGCGAGUGGCUGUAGCCAGCCCACAAAUCCAGAGGUCAGUUCAGGCUCUCUGAACACAGGCCAAGACAGUGAAGCUACACAGGCAGAGAUGAUUUCUGAAUGCAAGGCCACAGACUUGAGACUCUGUUCUGUGGAGAAUGACAACAUAAAACUGAGGAUGGAUGCAGGUGAUCAAUCGGUCUCUGAAAAGUGUGAAAAAGCAAAAGAGGAUUUACAGGCUGCAGAAAAGCCUGUAAUGCAAGUAGUUAGUGCAGAGAUAGCAGGAGAUAGGUCACUAGCCCCUACAGCUCAUCAGGAGAUUGAGUGUGUUUCUGCAAGUCAGGCUGCUGCAGAUCAGUCUGUGCUGCCUGAGAUUCUGUCACACACUUGGAGUGGAGAAGCACAGUCAGAGAAUCACCCAUCAGAAGAGACAUCAGAACCUGAGACAGUUCCUGAGACCCAGUGUGAAGAAGAAAAACUGCAAGUAAAAGAGAAGCAAAUAAAUGAGGAAGGGUCCCUUGUUAACGUAACACUUUCUCAGAGACUUAUUCUUGAAAGGGAAGAACAGUGUCAUGAAGAUGUGGAAGUGGAAUUUGUUGAUGGUUCUUGCAAAAAUUUGUCUGGUCAGCCUCAGGAAUUAGAAAAGACUGGACCAGAAAGCUGGCGAAAAGAAACUUCAAAAAGUUGUGCUUUUGACACUGGGCAGGCUAGGAGCACAGAUAAACUCUCCUGUAAAGCUGCUUUGGAAAACAUGCCCGAGUACAAUGAAGUUUUAUCUAAGCCUUCUGUAGGGGAGUUGCUGGAACAGCACAACAGUUUGUUUCCCAAGUUAAAGAGUGACAUUCCAUCAGAAGUGAUGCUCUGUGCCGAAAAUCAUCCUGGCUGUUCAGAAUUAGGACAGAUAACGGUAACAGGUAAUCAGCCACCACUUCAAGAGGGAGGAGUUUACCUGCUGGUGGCUCAGCAGGAGGCACAGAUGCCAAAGAAUACAGAGGAUACUGUUAUGAGGAGUCAGGAGCGAGAAGAGCAGAUGAAGCCACAGGAGAAGGGAACUGUUAAAUCCCCCAGUCCUUCCAGUGGAACUCAGUUUCAUUUUACUUUGCCAAAGGAUGGUGGCAGUAUUCAGUCCUUGACCAGCAUAACACCGCCUCUUACUGGCCAGCUUAAAAUGGGACCCAGAAGGCACAGCACACCAAUUGUGGAUGAUAGUUGUCCAGACAGCACUAUAGCAACUAGUGAUGUUACAACAGAGGGCACAGACAAUGUCACCGUGGAAAGUGCAGUGGUGUCAGCAGAUAUGUCAGAAGUGUGUGAGAAAGGAGAUUCUUAUGUGGCUUCUGAGCCUGAUGCAAAACUCUCUCUACGAAUGAACCUUGUUACACCUUUGAAUGAUGGGAGUGAGGAGUCCCUGCCUUUCAGCUUGGAAAAGCCUACAGCCAGCAACAGGAAAGAUGGAUCUUCUGCUGCCAGCUCCCAGAAAGCAUCAUCUGUGUUUAGUCGUGUCUGUGAAGUUCGUCGAGAGGAUGAGGCCAGAGGUCAUGGUCUUUCCACUUCUCCAUUUAGGGGGAAUCUGUUCGGUUUUCCUGGCACACAAGGAGAUGCUGAAUUACAUAAAAAUCCCAGUGGCUGGCAGUACCAGCAGCACAAGGCAGAUGACAGUGGUGAACAGGUCCUAAUUCCCCAGAGGGUGGAGCAGGACUGCCAUCAACAACCUUCUGGUGCAGAGGAUGGGGAUUCUGCAGAGACUGGUGUUGUAGGCACUCAGACAGAAGAAGGGAGGAGGACACAGAAGAAGCCAAGUAAGGCUGUUAAAAUUGAUGGAAGCAGAGAAGGGUGGCCAAACACCAACAGUAAAGGGAUUCAGACUACAGAAGACUCUCCUUUUACCCUGGCAACUGUUACAAAAGCAACACAAACAUCAGGAGAAAUCUCUAGGCAGGUGGAAGUGGGAACAAGUAUGUCUGGGCAAAGACCUGGGCGACAAGAUGUGAAUGUCCAAACUGAGGAGAGUGGUGAAAAGCUCGUGAACGCCUCUGGAGAGGACACGGACUCUCUGAACAGUCAGGGAGAAGAGGAGUUUAACCUUCACCCACCCAAAGGCCGAGUUCAGCAUCGCCACGUGCGGACUGUUCGAGAAGUGCGCACUGUUGUGACAAGGGUUAUAACAGAUGUUUACUACAUAAAUGGUGCAGAGGUGGAACGAAAGGUAGUUGAGGAAACAGAAGAGCCUGUAGUGGAGUGCCAGGAGUGUGAGACUGACACAUCCUCCUCUAGGACUGCAGCAGGCUCAUCACUGACCUCAGGGGACCUGGGUGAUGUCAGCUCCUUCUCAUCUAAGGCCUCAAGCCUCCACCGUACAUCCAGUGGAGCCAGCAGUGGUCACUCUGCCACACACAGCAGCAGCAGUAGUUCGGGGCAAGGAACUGGACCUGUCAAAGGGAAAGUGUGUGGGGCAGAAACUGGAGAAUUUGCUUUACCUGUUGGGAGAGGCAUCUUAAGAAAAUUAAGCCCUAGGAAAGGAGCUGGUCAGCCAGCAUCUCUGCUCAGAGUUAACCAGACAGGAUCACUGCCUUGUGAGGAAGAGGACUCUCUGCCUGGCACCCAUCAGGGUGGCCAAGCACCUAUGACACCUCGUGGCCGAGGAAGAAGAGGCCGCCCACCAUCUCGAGCAACAGGAACAAGAGAUGUAGCUGCACUGCCUGGUGUUGAGGAUCUCUCAACUACAACAUCACCUGAGGAGAAAUCAUGUACUCGUUCUGUUUGCCUGCCAGAUGGAGGGGAGGAAUCUGAGACGGCUGGCUUCUGUGCCUUGCAUCGAAGUGACUCUCCGGAAAUCCCGUUACAAGUGGUGACUGGUCCUUUGGACUAUGCAGACUCAUCUUCUGGGAACAGUUUUGUGGGCCUUAGGGUUGUAGCAAAGUGGGCCUCAAAUGGGUACUUCUAUUCUGGAACGAUUACCCAAGAUGUAGGGGCAGGAAAGUACAAGUUGCUCUUUGAUGAUGGAUAUGAAUGUGAUGUGCUAGGAAAAGAUAUUUUACUCUGUGAUCCUAUCCCACUGGAGACUGAGGUGACUGCACUCUCAGAGGAUGACUACUUCAGUGCAGGUGUGGUGAAGGGACACCGGAAAGAUUCUGGAGAGCUUUACUAUUGCAUUGAAAAGGAAGGCCAGAGGAAGUGGUACAAACGAAUAUCUGUCAUCCUGUCUCAGGAACAAGGAAAUAAACUCCGGGAGCAGUUUGGGCUAGGUCCAUAUGAACCUGUCACUCCUCUGGCCAAAGCAGCUGACAUCAGUCUUGAUAAUCUUGUGGAAGGGAAGCGGAGGCGACGUGGUAACCUUGGCUCUCCCAGCACUUCCAGCAGCAGCACAACUCCCACUUGUAAAGGGCAGGAGAGUCCCCGUGUCCCACCUGGCACAUUGUCUGGGAAAAGGAAACUUGUUGCUUCUGAAGAAGAGAGAUCCCCAGCUAAACGUGGCCGCAAGUCAGCAAUGAAACCUGGGGCUGUGAGAGACGGAGAGUUUGUAGGCACAUGUGAAGGUGCAGAUGGGGUAGAUCCUCCAGUACUAGGGGACCAUCAUGGACUUCUACCCCACAAUAAGACCCUCUUUUUGGGCUAUGCCUUUCUUCUCACCAUGGCAACACCUAUUGACAAAUUGGUGAAUCAUCAGAAGCCAUCAGAUGGUCCUACAGGGAGCAGUGAGGAGGAAGAAGAAUUUUUACCGAUGACUCCAUAUGACAAACGUUACAUAGCACAGCAGCUGAGGGCAGGAGCUGGCUAUAUCCUGGAAGACUUCAAUGAAACACAGUGUAACGCAGCAUAUCAGUGUCUGUUAAUUGCGGACCAGCAUUGCCGAACUCGGAAAUAUCUGCUGUGCCUUGCCAGGGGCAUCCCUUGUGUGUCUCAUAUCUGGGUCCAUGACAGCUGUCAUGCUAACCAGCUUCAGAAUUAUCGAAAUUACCUUUUGCCAGCUGGUUAUAGCCUCCAGGAGCAAAAAUUGCUAGAAUGGCAUCCACGAGAAAACCCAUUCCAUAACCUGAAGGUUCUCCUGGUGUCAGACCAGCAGCAGAACUUCCUGGAUCUGUGGUCUGAAAUCCUCAUGACAGGGGGUGCAGCGUCAGUUAAACAGCAUUACUCAAAUGCUCACAACAAAGAUAUUGCUUUGGGUAUUUAUGACGUGGUGGUGACUGAUUUUUCCUGCCCAGCUGGUGUGUUGAAGUGUGCAGAAGCUUUACGGUUGCCUGUUGUUUCGCAAGAGUGGGUGAUCCAGAGCCUUAUUGCUGGGGAGAGAGUAGGCUACAACAAACAUCCAAAAUACAGAUAUGACUAUGUCCCCCAGUAAAUGAAAACUUUGCCCUGCUGUUUUGCAGACUGUGUUUUAAUCAGGUUUUAAAUGUUUGUGUAAUUGAACAACGUGCAUGGAUUAUUGUAUAUAGUUUUAUCUGCUGGACUUUUAUGAUUAAAUAAAUGUUCAAUCUCUUGUGGUA